UAAUGACGUUGAGAACGUGGUCGCCAUAAUAAACCCUGUCGCGCACGGGAAAUUCUGAACGGAUGGUAUCAUAAAGGUGUCAGAGCUAACACACAGUAGCGUAAUACUACUGACAAAUAGCGUAGCACGGGUUCAUUGGAUUUUUCUUAUUUCCGGAUUUUGCUGCUAAGGAAAAAGGGGGAGGUUAGUGGACCAGCCAGGCGAGGUCAUGGCUCUGGGGUCUCCCAGUGUGGACUCCAAAGCAGAGCUGUCUUCUCUGCUGGAGAAAUGGGAACAGGAUCAGCAGGGUAGCACCCAGGACCUGGUCUCCAUCCUCACCAAAAUCUCUGAGCUGAUUGAACGGGAAACAGAGGAAUACCACAAAGCUGAUCCCGACCCUUUUGAUGACCGGCAUCCAGGAAGAGCAGAUCCAGAAUGCAUGCUUGGGCACCUGCUCAAAAUCCUGUUCAAGAAUGAUGAUUUCAUGAAUGCGCUGGUGAACACCUAUGUGAUGACGAGCAGAGAGGUCCCUCUCAAUACGGCAGCCUGUCGCCUUCUUCAGAACAUCAUGCCCGGCCUGGAAACUGCUGUGGUAUUUCAGGAGAAGGAGGGCAUUGUGGAGAGGCUCUUCAAGUGGGCGCAGGAGGGAGACCAGACACUGCGCAUAUAUGCAACAGGGCUGCUGGCUGGGGCCAUGGAGAACCAGGACAUUGCUGCCAACUACAGGGAGGAGAACUCUGUCCUUGUACCCCUGAUGUUACAGCGCCUGCGGGAGCUGCAGGAGAAGGAAGCAGAGUGCCGGCAGGAUUUCAAGCGGCCAAGUCCCCGGAAGACUCUGGGGGAGCCGCUUCUCCCGCUGGAUGAAGAGGCCGUGGAUGGGGACUUCGAGGAUGCUGCCUUGCCUGUGACAAACAAUGGGGGCGAUUGGGGGGGGCAGUCUAACGCAUACGAAGGAGAGAAGCAACCCGAUCUGUCCUUUCGCCUCAACUCUACCCACAAGACCAGCAGCCGUGCCAACUCUGCCGUAAAGGCUUUGGCGAAACCUGAGUCAGAUGUGGGCGAAAUGGCCGCAAAGAGGGAAGAUGAAGGUCAGGUGAGGAAAAAGGAGAAUGGGCGCAAGGCCAAACAGAAGCUGAAUUUCUCACUUCCGGAGCCAGAAAGGAACUUGAGUGAACUAUCCAACAGUAGCUGGUCGGAGAUGAGCCCUUGGGUCAUUGGCACCAAUUACCACCUGUACCCUCUUACCCCUGCCAUCGAGCAGCGGCUCAUCCUGCAGUACCUCACUCCUCUUGGCGAGUACCAGGAGCUGUUGGCUGUGUUCAUGCAGUUGGGGGCGCGAGAGCUGCUCAUGCAUUAUAUUGACCUCAAACAAACCAAUGAUGUCCAGCUGACUUUUGAAGCUCUCAAGUAUCUGGCUUCCUUGCUUCUGCACAAGAAGUUUGCGGCAGAGUUUGUCGCCCACGGAGGGGUGCAGAAACUGCUGGAGAUCCCUCGGCCGUCCAUGGCUGCCACGGGCGUCUCGCUGUGCCUUUACUACUUGGCUUACAACCAGGAUGCCAUGGAACGGGUAUGCAUGCUUCCACCCUCCAUCCUGGCCGAGGUUGUGAACUACACGCUCUGGCUCCUGGAAUGCUCCCACGCAUCUGGCUGCUGUCAUGCGACCAUGUUCUUCUCUAUCUCCUUUGCCUUCCGUGCCGUUCUCGAGCUCUUUGAUCGCCAGGAUGGACUCCGCCGGUUGGUCAACCUGAUCAGUACGCUGGAGAUCCUGAAUCCUGAGGACCAGGGGGCCCUGCUGAGUGACGAUGAGAUCUUCUCCAGUCGGCAGACGGCCAAACACACAUGCAUGGCACUGCGAAGGUACUUCGAGGCUCACCUGGCCAUAAAGGUGGAGCAGGUGAAGCAGUCCCUGCACCGUACUGAGGGGGGUACCCCUGUUCACCCACAGCCUUACUACAAGGCGUGCACCUACACCCAUGAGCAGGUUGUGGAGAUGAUGGAGUUCCUGACAGAGUACGGCCCUGCACGACUGUACUGGGAACCAGCUGAGGUCUUCCACAAGCUCUCCUGCAUCCAGCUUCUGCUGCAGCUCAUCUCCAUUGCUUGUGAUUGGAGGACCUACUACGGCAGGAGUGACACAGUGCGUUACGCCCUGGAUAUCUUGGCGAUCCUCACAGUGGUGCCUAAGACGCAGCUGCUGCUGGCUGAAUCUGUGGACGUUCUGGAUGAGGGGGGGUCCUCUGUCUCCACUGUGGGGAUGAGUAUCAUCCUGGUGGUAGCUGAGGGCGAGGUGUUUGUGAACGACGCCGAGAUCCAGAAAUCCGCGCUGCAGGUGGUGAUCAACUGCGUGUGUGCGCCAGACAAGCGCGUCUCCAGCAUUGGCAAGUUCAUCUCCGGCACGCCCCGGCGGCGCCUGCCGCACCACACGAAGAGCAGCGAGAGCGUGCUCACCAAGAUGUGGAACGUGGUCCAGUCCAACAACGGCAUUAAGGUGCUGCUGUCGCUGCUCACGGUCAAGAUGCCCAUCACCGACGCCGACCAGAUCCGCGCCCUGGCCUGCAAGGCGCUGGUGGGGCUGUCGCGGAGCGCCUCCGUCAGGCAGAUCAUCAGCAAGCUGCCGCUCUUCAGCAGUGGGCAGAUCCAGCAGCUCAUGAAGGAGCCUGUGCUGCAGGACAAGCGCAGCGAGCACGUCCGCUUCUGCAAGUUCGCCGCCGAGCUCAUCGAGCGCGUCUCCGGCAAGCCGCUGCUCAUCGGCACCGACGUGUCCCUGGCCCGGCUGCAGAGGGCCAGCGUCGUGGCCCAAUCACGCAUCACCUUCCCUGAGAAGGAGCUGCUGCUGUUGAUCCGCAGCCACCUGCUGGCCAAGGGCCUCAACGAAACGGCCAACGCCCUCACCAAAGAGGCUGACCUGCCAAUGGUCCUGCCGCAUUCCUCCUCCGCCUUUCCCAUCGUCUCUGUUGCCCCUCCUGCCUCUCCUGUCGCCACCCUUCCCCGCACACCUCGCCUUGCCAACGGCGUAGCUGCCCGUCUGAGCCACGCCUCCCUCUCCUCCACACCUGCCUCCAUCCAUGCUCAGCCCCGCCCAUCGACUUCGCAGCCGCCCUCCUCUCUCCCUGCCCUGCCCCCUGCAGCCCCACCUCCACACAGCAACGGCUCGCCCCUGAUUGGCCGCAUCGUCUUCACCCGGGAGCGGCCCUCCCCCUGUCUCAGCAGUGGCAGUAGUAAGAAACCCAGGGUGCUGCGGCAGAAAUCGGACCACGGUGCGUUCAGCCAGACGCCCGCCAUGAAGAAGCAGCCGGACCGGCACCUUCCCUCGCCGCCGGCACUCGACAGCAUCAUCACCGAGUAUCUGCGUGAGCAGCACGCCCGCUGCAAGAACCCCGUCACCACCUGCCCGCCGUUUUCCCUUUUCACCCCUCACCAGUGCCCCGAGCCCAAGCAGCGACGCCAGGCGCCCACCAACUUCACCCCCCGGCACACACGCAGGGUGGUCUAUCCCAAAUAUGGCGGCGUGGAUGGAGGCUGCUUCGACAGACACCUCAUCUUCAGCAGAUUCCGGCCAAUCUCGGUGUUCAGGGAGGCGGAGGAGGACGAGAGCGGCUUCAUGUGCUGUGCCUUCUCUGCGCGCGAGCGCUUCCUUAUGCUGGGCACCUGCACGGGGCAGCUGAAGCUCUACAAUGUCUUCACAGGGCAGGAGGAAGCCAGCUAUAACUGCCACAGCUCAGCCAUCACACACUUGGAGCCCUCGAGGGAUGGCUCUUUGCUGCUCACAUCAGCCUCGUGGAGUUACCCCCUCUCUGCACUCUGGGGCAUGCAGUCAGUAUUCAUUAUAAAGCAUUCCUUUUUAGAUGAUCAUUACGUGGAGUUUAGCAAACUUUCUCAGGACCGAGUCAUUGGCACAAAGGAAUAUAUCGCUCAUAUAUAUGACAUCCAGACUGGCCAGAAGAUCCUGACUCUCAACAACCCCGACUUGGCCAACAAUUACAAGAGGAACUGCGCGACAUUUAACCCCACAGAUGACCUGGUGCUGAAUGACGGCGUGCUGUGGGAUGUGCGCUCUGCUCAAGCCAUACACAAGUUUGAUAAGUUCAACAUGAACAUCAGUGGUGUCUUCCAUCCCAAUGGACUUGAGGUCAUCAUCAACACAGAGAUUUGGGACUUGCGGACUUUUCACCUUCUCCACACGGUCCCAGCCCUGGACCAGUGCCGGAUAGUCUUCAACAACAAUGGUACAGUCAUCUACGGAGCGAUGCUACAGGCCGAUGAUGAGGAGGACAUGAUGGAGCAGCAGCUAAAAAGCCCCUUUGGCUCCUCCUUCAGGACGUUUGAUGCAACUGACUACAAGCCCAUUGCAACAAUUGAUGUAAAAAGGAAUAUUUUUGACCUUUGCACGGACACUAAGGACUGCUAUCUAGCUGUUAUUGAGAACCAAGAUUCAAUCAACAUGGAUACAGUCUGCCGGCUCUAUGAGGUGGGCCGGCAGCGAUUAGCAGAGGAAGAGGAAGACGAAGAAGACCAGGAGGAUGAAGACCAGGAGGAUGACGACGAUGACGACGACGACGAUUCUGAUGAUGACCUGGAUGAUGUAGACACAGAUCCCUUGCUCGCAGAGCUAGAGAAUGAGAAUGGAGGUGAAGAGGAGGAAGAGGAAGAGGAGGAGGACGGAGAGCACGACUUCUCACCUUCUGAUGAUGAGGAGGUGGCACGCCUGCUGGAAGAAGGGGAGGAAGACGAUGAUGACGACGAUGAUGAAGAUUCGGACGACAAUGAAGAUGUUGAGCUCAUUCUGGAGAACACAGACAGUUCUGACAAUUCGGACCUGGAGGAUGACAUCAUUCUGUCUCUGAAUGAGUGAAGGCAGACUGGACAAACGAAAGCCAAGCACUGAGGCCUGUCUCCCGGGUAACGGGUUCUGGGGGAAUGCUCGCAAAUGUAGCGGCUAUGCUAAUGAAGUACAGUUAGAGAAAAACGAGAGCAACAUGGUGAGGAGAAGGAGUGGAGUUUGGGUUGGUCGGGCUUGAAUGUUGAUGGCGAGGCGGUUUCUGCUGCUGGGGGUGGUGUGAGUUUAAGACACAACGAUCAAACGGAGCCUGUGCCCCAGUGCAACACUGCAGCAGACACAUUCGGAGGUACGGUAACCGAAGAGUGACUGAAAUAUUUGUAAGAAUUUCUUAAAUGCAUAGUUUUAUAUGGCAAUGUAGCUUUAUAAGUGUCUGAGUGUGUCAGUACAUUCUGUACACCACAACAUGCCAGUAAUGAUUUCUCCUUUUUAAUUUAUUUUGAAACUAUUAGAUGCUAUUUUGACAUAUUUCCAAAUAUGAAGCAGCCCUUACUGGUGUGUAGGAGGUGAUUAUGACGGCAGUUGGCAUGACGAAGGGGGUCCCCUUACCCACGUAUCAGCUUGUGUCUGGGUCGUGCUGGGUGAGGAGUAGCUGGCUUUCAGUCUGCUUACCGCCCUGCCCGUCGACUGAUCCUCCUUUUUCCGCUCCUCUUACCCUCAAGCUCCGCCCUUCCCCGCCCACUCGCCAGGACAUGGUGUGCCCCCGCACCCUAGCCGGGUGGCCGCUUGCAGCCGUAACUCGCGGCCCUCAGUGUAAUCAGGCUGAUUUCAGCUCCUGGAAGGAACGUGUUGGCCAGCGUGCAGCAGCUGAUGAUGCCUCAUCCAAAUCGCGUUAAUAAAUGUGCAGACUGACUUCCGGGUAACAGGUUUUAGGGGAGUGCUAGCAGUCGUGCAGCCAUGCUAGUAAAGUACAGUUAGAGAAAAACAAGAGCACACUACCACCUGGAUUACAGCCCUUAACUGAGAAGCCUUAAAGCAUCAUGUCACUCUUUCUAUACGUUGAUUUUUUUUAAUUUUUUUUUUUAUCUUUUGUUUUUUUGUACCAAAUGCAGAAAAAUGAAGACCCGGCUUUGACAUUAUGCAUGUGUCCUACUUUCAGUUUUACCUCUAAAAUGCGUCACAUAACCCUUCAAGUUAUUUAUGCUGGGUAGUAUAUUUUUUUUUCUUCCAAAAGAAAAGUAUUAUGUGUUUAGUCCCUCAUAUAAGCCCCUUUCAUUACACUUGAAAACCUGAGGAAUGAUCAGGGAUAAGUAAGCUUUUUAGCUUUUGUAUUACACUUCAUGUCCAACUUGUAGUGGGUAGGAAAGGGAGCAGGUCCUUUCUUAAUUUCACAAAUCAGUUUUCCGGUCCUGGAACAUUUACAACAAGGUUGCACUGUCCACUGAUAUUUUAAAUUGUAACUGCUAUGUUCUAUGUUCUGCAGUUGCUAUGUUCUCUUGUACGUUGGAAGGACUCAGAAACAGUUGAAAAUGACAGUAUUGCCAGUAUAAAGUGCCACUCAGAAUAUGGGCAAGAUCGUCUGCGCUGGUACUGAUCUUAUCAUUUAUUGAGGGCCCCCCCAACACUCAUUUUUGUUUUCAUGUGUUUUUCUGUGAAAUAUGUCCUUAAUUACAGCAAUUAUCACCUCCUGUGUAAAAACCUUCACAUCAAUACUUGUACAAAAUGUAUGAAAAGUAUUUUUGCUAUAAAUGGAACUGAAAAUA